AUGGAAAAAUUUCGCAAAACAUUUAGCGUGCGCAAAAAGAAGCCUGACCUCGGUGACUCUUCGAAACCCCAAGUAUGGAUUGAAGACGAAAAGAAAAUCAAGGAAGGUUCCUGCAGCUUUCACGUUAAGUAUCUUGGGUGCAUUGAAGUUUUUGAGUCACGUGGAAUGCAGGUUUGCGAAGAGGCGAUAAAGGCGUUGCGAAAGUCGAAGAAAAAAAGCCAGCGCGCAAUUUUAUACGUUAGUGGCGAUGCCUUGCGCGUGUCAGACGAGAUUAGUCAGCAUUUGAUUGUUGAUCAAACUAUUGAAAAGGUAUCAUUUUGUGCACCUGACCGCGGCCAUGAAAAAGGAUUUGCUUACAUUUGUCGAGAUGGUGCAACUCGCCGGUGGAUGUGUCACGCGUUUCUUGCUGUUAAGGAGUCGUCUCCUACCCCCGACUUCGACUAUCGCGGACACUGCUACCGCGCAGCUGAUCCUGAUAGCUAG